AUGGUCCAAAUUACUGUAGUGAAUGAGAUUACAGGUGAUAUUUAUUCGUUUGAUGUUGAUCCCAAAUCGGACACGGUUGAGAAUUUAAAGGCCUUGAUGGAAAUUGAAACAAAAAUUCCCAUUCUACAACAAGAAAUGUUUUAUCAGAAUUUUCCAAUGCGUGAUGAGGAUGUUUUGGAAAAGUAUGGAGUCUCGGAAUCAGAACUGAUUGUAUUCAAGAAAAGAACAGUGGUACAACAACCAACCCCUCCUAGAACCAAUCCACAACAACAAAAUUCAAACGCGCCACAAAAUCCAUUCCGAUUACUUUCAAACGCUUUGAAUGCCAAUACACCUUCAUCUCAACAACAACAGACUCCUAAUACGAGAAAUUCCUCUGUUCCACCUCCUUCUACAUCCAAUUUACAAAAUCGUGCUCCUUCUGGAGGUGGAGUUGUAACUGAAGAUUUAUUGAAUGAAAUUUUGGGAGGAAUUUCGAAAUCCAAUCCACAACUCACGCGACAACAAGAAUUGGAGAGAAGACUUCGUCAAAAUCCCUACGAUAUUGAAGCUCAAAAAUUAUUGGAAGAAGAAAUCAAAAUGAGAAAUAUUGAGGAGAAUUUCCAUAAUGCCAUGGAACAUACUCCUGAAACUUUCUUUCAGGUCAAUAUGCUCUAUGUUGAUUGUAAAGUAAAUGGCCAUGUGUUGAAGGCAUUUGUAGAUAGUGGAGCUCAAAUGACCAUCAUGAGCAAGUCAUGUGCAGAGAGAUGUGGAUUAACUAGACUGAUGGAUACUAGAUAUCGAGGAGUUGCUAAGGGAGUGGGUAGUUGUGAAAUUUUGGGAAGAAUACACUUGACACUGAUGCAGCUUGGAGGAUCUACGUUUCCAGUCACUAUCACAGUUUUGAAUCAAGGAGGAAUGCAAUUUUUACUAGGUCUUGACAUGUUAAAGCGCCAUCAAAUGAUGAUUGAUUUGAAGGACAAUGUCUUGCGUGUUGGAGAUGAGAAAAUCAAUUUUCUACCACCUCACGAAUGUCCAAAUGAAAUUGCAGACAUUGAAUCUCCAAAACCAACGUCACACGACAUUAAUAGACCUUCUCCAUUCGAUAUGAGACAAAGCAGCAGCGAGAAAGAGACAGUCAUUAAACAAUUAAUGGAAAUGAUUGGAGUGGAUCGAGAAACAGCAGUCAAAGCUCUUGAAUUGGCCAAAGGAAACGCUGAAUUGGCUGCCUCUCUGCUUUUCGAACAAAAAGAACAUCACAAAUAA